GGGAAGUGCCGCGCGAGCGGCCUGAGCACUGAGUCGCCCCCGGCACCGCGCCCGGCAGCUAGGCGAGCAGAGGCGCGCGGCGGCCGAGCGGCAGCAGGGAGCUGGUUUAUAGCUCGCCGCUGGUGGGGAGACACAGAGCUUCAGUGGGCAGCAAGCGGCUGGAUCCAACACGCCCUCCCUUCCCCACGCCUGCAGCAAGGCCUACUCUGUCCUUGGAACAGCUUCUGUCAGGCGGUCAGCGUCUUCUUCAAAGAGCUCAUACGAGAGUUUGGGAUAGGCUACAGUGACACAGCCUGGAUCUCCUCCAUCCUGUUGGCCAUGCUGUACGGGACAGGCCCGCUCUGCAGUGUGUGUGUGAAUCGCUUUGGCUGCCGGCCCGUCAUGUUCACAGGUGGCCUCUUGGCGUCCCUGGGCAUGGUGUCUGCAUCCUUCUGUGGAAGCAUCAUCCAGCUCUACCUCACCACUGGGGUCAUUACCGGCUUGGGUUUGGCGCUCAACUUCCAGCCCUCACUCAUCAUGCUCAACCGCUACUUCAACAAGCGGCGCCCCAUGGCCAACGGGUUGGCGGCAGCGGGCAGCCCGGUGUUCCUGUGCGCCCUGUCCCCGCUGGGGCAGGUGCUGCAGGACCACUAUGGCUGGCGGGGCGGCUUCCUCAUCCUGGGUGGCCUGCUGCUCAACUGCUGCGUCUGUGCUGCACUCAUGCGGCCCCUGGAGGCGCCCCGGCUGGGUUCAGGUUCGGGGCCUGGGCCCCAGCGGCCGUCCCGGCGGCUGCUGGACCUGAGCGUCUUCAGGGACCGCGGCUUUGUCAUCUAUGCCCUGGCCGCCUCCAUCAUGGUGCUGGGGCUCUUCGUGCCGCCCGUGUUCGUGGUGAGCUACGCCAAGGACCUGGGUGUGCCCGACACCCAGGCGGCCUUCCUGCUCACCAUCCUGGGCUUCAUCGACAUCUUCGCAAGGCCCACCGCCGGCUUCAUCACAGGGCUCAAGAAGGUGCGGCCCUACUCUGUCUACCUCUUCAGCUUCGCCAUGUUCUUCAACGGCUUCACCGACCUCACGGGAUCCACAGCCAGCGACUAUGGUGGCCUGGUGGUCUUCUGCAUCUUCUUCGGCAUCUCCUACGGCAUGGUGGGGGCCCUGCAGUUCGAGGUACUCAUGGCCAUCGUGGGCACCCAGAAGUUCUCCAGUGCCAUUGGCCUCGUGCUGCUGCUGGAGGCCAUAGCUGUGCUCAUUGGGCCCCCGUCGGGAGGCAAGCUGCUGGAUGCGACGCACGUGUACCAGUAUGUGUUUGUCCUGGCGGGGGCUGAGGUGCUGGCCUCCUCCCUCGUGCUGGUGCUGGGCAACUUCUUCUGCAUUGGGAAGAGGCCCGAGGCGGCCACGGAGGAGGAGCAUCACAAGCCCCCCGAGGACGUGAGGGUGGACUCCCGGGAGGUGGAGCACUUCCUGAAGACAGAGCCUGAGAAGAACGGGGAGCUCGUUCACACCCCAGAAACGAGCGUCUGAGCCAGGGGAGGCCAGCAGGGGUGGCAGGGAACUGGACAGAAACCAUCAACGCUCGUAUUUAUUUCACAAACAGGACUAGCUUGGGCGGGGCCGUUGGCUCCACGCCGGCCGCCCGGGCAGCGGAUCAUCACCCGAUCAGUGUUUUUCAGGGGGGGUGGCAGGGUGGGAACGUGUCAUUCCAAGGUGGAUCUGUGGUGAAGCCAAGCCGUGAGGUUAUGAGCCGUCUGCACCAGGGACCCCACGUGCUGACCCCAGGGAGCCCGGUGCCCACCGCUGGGCUCAAGGACCCAGAGACCCAAGCUUUGGAGACAACACGAUUUUAAUCAGGGGGUGGGGCCGGGGACAGCUGCGGAGCGGGCACUGCCACGACAGGCCUCCCUGCCUGCCCGUGAGCGCCCCAUCCUGCUGGGUCUCCCCAUGCGCCCCAGCCCACCCGUCUUUGAGCAUCCAGUGGACAAAGCUCCCUCCUUCACCUCUGAACGUUUGAGAUAAACCUGCAUGUGAGAGGUGCCUUCUCAGAAGGAAUAUCUUCCAGGAGCUGCAGGAGUUUUGCUCUACGUAGGGGCAGUAGUCUAACUGUUCACCCCAAAUCUCACUUUCUCAACAAAGAGCCUGGUUAUUUUUACAAAGUGGUUCUGGUCCUUGUCAGCCAUGUCGGCCUUCUAAGCACUGCUGGUUCUGGACCCUGCCCUGAUGGACCCCAAACGGCUCGGAGUGUUCACACAGCACCCUGGUGGCUGGCAGGGAAGGGGCCACGCUGCAGGGGUGUGUCCACUGAAGCUGAGAUAUACGUGUGGUUUCUGUUCACUGGUGUGUGUUUAAAGAAAAUGAUCUGC